UCUCGCCCCGGCAGCUGCGCGCAUCUUGUAACUUGGCCUCUCACCCAUCGCCUCCGCGUCGCGGCCCUCAGCCCAGAACAGCACCUCUCGCCGUACUUGUUAUCCCCCACCCCCCUCCAUGAAGCCGUACCCAGGCCUUUUGAGCUAUCAAACCCCUUUCUGCACCACCCAUCCCUCCACAGCAGCAAGACUCUCUUGUCACUCCAGCGACGCGCCUCUACUUGCAAGCGUCUGCUCGCGCUGUGAUAGACCGCUACGACCACCGCGGCAGGCGCACCUCAUUCUGAAUUCUUGCCCCGCGUCGCGACGACUAUGACUGGUUUAGACGACUCCCCGUUCCACACGCCGCAAGCCCGCAGCCCAUCCACUCAUGAUGACGAUACUUGGCCCUGGAGCAGCGUCACGGAUUCGAAACUAAGCGACAAGUCGUCGUGCGACGCCACGGCGACCAGCGAGCCUCGCGUGCUGCCGUGCGACACUCCUGCGCUGGGCGCACUGUUCGCCGUGGCGCGCGAGGAGCUGGGGCGAGGCGAGUUCGGCGUGGUGCGCGCGUGCAUGCACCGCGCCACGGGCCGGCUGCUGGCGUGCAAGAGCAUCGACAAGGCGGCGCUCUUGGCGAGCGGGCGCAUGGAGGACGUGGCGAUGGAGGUGCUGUGCAUGCGCGGGCUGCCGCCGCACCGCAACAUGGUGCGGCUGGCCAGCGUGCACGAGGACGCGCGCCACGUGCACCUCGUCAUGGACCUGUGCCAGGGGGGCGACCUCUUCGACCUCGUCGCCAAGGCGGGCCGCCUGGCCGAGGACUUCGCGGCGCACAUCUUCAGGCAAGCGGCGUCAGCGGUGGCGUUCUGCCACGCGCACAACGUGCUGCAUCUCGACGUCAAGCCUGAGAACCUUCUCCUGCACACGCGCCUCCCCCCUCACUACCUCGCGGCUGCCGCGCCCUCCACGGCGCCCGGCGCCUCCGAUGCAGCGUGCGUGUCGCGGCGGGCGCUGCGCGAGGCGGUGUGCGUGAAGCUGGCGGACUUCGGGCAGGCCGUGCGCGUGCUGCCGGGGCAGAUGGCGUGCGGCGUGGCGGGGUCGUCCUUCUACAUGGCGCCCGAGGUCGUGUGCGGCCGGCCCUACGACGCAGCCGCGGACGUGUGGAGCCUGGGCGUGCUGCUCUACGUCAUGCUGGCUGGCUACGUGCCCUUCUGGGGCGCGGACCUGCCCACCACCUUCCGCGCCAUCUGCUGCCACCGCCCCGACUUCUCCACCCACCCCUGGCCCUCCGUGUCGCCCCUGUGCAUCCGCCUCAUCCGCUCCAUGCUCGCCCCCAACCCCCGCCGCCGCCCCUCCCUGCAGCAAGUGCUCGCCCACCCCUGGCUGCACGUCGCUCUGGGGGAAACAGAGCGCCUGCACGACCGUGCACCUGCCGCGAGCGGUGCUGAUGAUGGCGAUGACACUCUACCAUCCCUGCUGACGUCACAUACUGAUGACAUCUCCGAGCACACAGUGACUGCAAGCCAUGGCACAGGUGCUGACGUGGACAGGCGCAAGACGACUGCGUGGGGCGAGAUGGAGGAGGUCGACUGCGAUGGGAGUGUGGGUGAGGGGCGGCGCAUGAGGAGGAGAGGGGAGGAGGGCGGUGGGAGGAGGAAGAGGGGUUGCAGGGAGCGUGGCAGGUCACGGGAGGCAGAAAAUAGCGCAUCCAUGGGCACCACGCAGUCCAAGCACUGCCCCUGCCACGCCAUGUGAGCACGGCGUCAGCUUGAAGGCAAGCAACCACCAGAUGGGUGACAUAAGUGGCCCCUAGCGCCAGCAUCAGGAAUGCCUCACGGCAGCAUGGCAACAAGCAGCGUGCAGCAGCACAGCAAGAGCGCUGCUCCUUUUUGGCCUCCCAUGGACCAUGCGGUCUCGGAGUGUCUCCUACCGUCCCUUGUACAGCUCUCUUCACACAUGCCAUGUCGCAUCACAUCCCCUAUUUUCCCCUUAGCCCUGCAAGCAGCUUUUUUAGCAGCCACAGCUGCAGCGUUUCAACUUGAAACCUGCCCGCUCGUGCCUGCAGUCGCUAGCUGUCUUGUGCCUCUUUGCUGUAUUCCAGCCAUUGUGCUAAUGGCUGCUGCAAUAUAGAAUAAUUACACUU